UUCCGCUUGCAGACAAAGGCCCUUCAAGUUGUUGCACAAGCCUGGAAACUCGAACACGUGGAGGGUCCCUUGCCCAGACGCAGUGUCACGAUGAUUUCGGUCAAGGAUGAUACCACGCCCAGGAGGCACGAGAAUGAUUCUCAUCCCUUUCCAUUUUUGUUAUUUGAGACAGCGUUAAGUUAUUCGACGGCAAUCGAUACUGUCUUGCCCUGUCUGCUUGUGCAACGUGAGAUAUGGCUGGCAAGGCAACUCCUCCUUGGACAAGCUCCUCGAAAGUAGACGGCCACGGCCGAUAUGUCGAUUCAGUUGGCGAAGACGAAACUCAGGUCCCUGCGAUAUAUGCAAGCCCAGCCACAGUCGCAGAUGCGGACAGUGCAGGCACUACUGUCGAUCCCGAAAUGGAAGGCCUCACUCUAUUCGAAAGGAAGUGCGUGCUGGUAAACCGCGAGCUCGAUGCCAUGGGCAUGGGCCGGUACCAGUGGUGUAUCUGGUGCUUAUGCGGUUUUGGCUACAUGCUGGAUCUGCUGUGGGCACAGGCAUUUGGUUUAGUGGUGAAUCAAAUGAAGCAGGAAUUGGGAUUCAAUUCUCAUCUCAUUGAAGAUUCUCAAUCCGGAAACCUUGCGACUUCAUUUUCUUCUGGACUUUGCGCAGGCGCGUUUGUGUGGGGUGUCUUGGUCGACAUUAUCGGCCGCCAGUGGGCAUUCAACCUUACAGUCCUCAUAUCAUCCAUCUUUGGCUUAUGCCUCGGCGCAUCCAACACGUAUACCACCGUGUUGGUUCUCACAGCAUUUGUCGGUUUUGGCGUGGGAGGCAACAUCCCAAUUGACACGACUAUUACACUUGAAUUCAUUCCAAAGAACCGGCGAUUUCUCCUGGCCGCACUCUCCGUCUUCCAGCCCAUUGGCGUCGUAGUGUGCACCGCCAUCGCAUACGGCUUUAUCCCCAACUAUUCCUGCCCGGCCAACGGUCCGGACGGGGAACCGCUCGAAUCAUGCCGCCUCGUUUCGCGGGGAACACCAUGCUGCCAGCGAUCCGCCAACAUGGGCUGGCGAUUCGUAUGCUUCACCAUUGGCGGGAUCACGCUGGGGGUAUUUAUCCUGCGCUUUGUGCUGUUCCGAUUCCAAGAGUCUCCCAAGUUUCUCGUCUCCCGGGGUAAAGACGAAAAGGCUAUCCGUGUCCUGCAGCACGUGGCAAAGUUCAACCGGACCGAGUCUCGCCUUACACUCGAGGACUUUGCUCAGCUCGCAGACGAAACCACGUCGGUGCAGAGCAGCGAUUCUGAAGCGCCCUUAUUUCAUAAUCUGCGUGAAAGCGGCCAUGGCCAGAAAUCUAUUCAGCAGUCUGUAUUUGGUGGGAGUUUCAAGGCCGAGCUGGCUCGCUAUAAACUCUUAUUUUCCAAUUUCACCAUGAUCCGGUUGACACUGCUGGUGUGGAUCACGUAUAUCUUUGAUUACUGGGGAUUUACGAUCGCUGGCUUCUACCUCCCGACAAUCCUUUUGCUCAAAAACGCCUCAUUGCAUGUCUCGCUGCGCAGCACAUAUCUGUCAUAUCUAUGGAUUUACCUUCCUGGGAUUCCCGCAGUGUUGCUCGGGUCUUAUUUGUAUCAUUUUGACAUUGGUUUUCAUAACUCUUCCCCUUCGCCAACUUCAUCCUCCUCCAUCUCCUCAGCAUCCUCCGCGUCCUUCUCCACCCCUCCACCUGGAUCCAGCUUAUCCCCUCCUUCCCCCAGCCGAGAACAUCAUCAUCAUCAACACCCCCACACCACCGCCAGACGCAAACCCACCAUCUCCUGCCCUAUCCCCUUUUCUAUAUCCAUAUCCGGGCGACAAGCAACCAUGGUCCUCUCAUCCCUACUCAUGUCUCUGUCCCUCUUUCUCUUCAGCCUGGUCAACACCCAGGCCAGCAAUAUCGGCUUGAACGCCAUGGAGUACUUUUUCCAGUCCCUCUUCAAUGCCGUCUUGUACGGCUGGACACCCGAGGCCUUUCCUGCUCCUGUACGCGGCACCGCUGCUGGCGUCGCUAGCUUUUGGGGCCGUCUUGCAAGUAUUGUCGCUCCACUGAUUGCGGGACAUUUGUUGGACACUGGCAGUGGCGGUAGUGGAGAUGAUGCAGCAGGUAUUAACAAUGUCCUCUACCUGGCGGGCGGAGGCGUUCUCGUGUGUACUCUUUCAACAGCACUGUUGCCGAGAGGAGUCCUUGGUCGGGAAAGUUAUUAA